CGGUUGUUUACGGAUCAAAAGGAAGUGGUAAAGCUUAACGGAAUUUGCAACGUUGGAUAAGGAAUUGAAUUACUUUUGCCAACAUAGCCAACUCGCACUGAACAUAAACAUUAUUCAUGUUAUGUAUUUAUGUUAUUGUUUGCUACAUUUGCUUACUGCGUGUAGUUCAACAUGUGUAACGUUACAGUGGAAACACCAGUGCAGCAAGCUAGUUAGCUAACGUUGGCAAACUACUGUUUGUUUAGCAUUACCUUUGGAUUGUUAUAAGGAAAGCACCCAAACGGGACUUGUGGACGGGCCGACAUACGAGUACAUCCUGUUUAACGUUACAUAGACUGAAACCCGUGUUGAAUACACUGGCACAACCAGUUUAAAGAGACCAGCGCUAGCUGACAGCUGCUACUGUACUACAGUCUUGAAGUUGGCACAAUGGCUGACACUAUUGUCACGUUUCAGUCCCAACUUUCUGGUGUUAUGGAGACGGUCUUCAAAGCAGCAAUGUAUGAGAUCACCCGGCUGGUGGAGGACAGUUUUCUGGAAGAGGUUACACGGUGCAGGGAGCAAGUGGAGUCCCUGAAGAGGCGGCUGAAGUGGUCAGAGGGUCGGCGUAAAGAAAGAGAGGGAGAAAGGAGGGGAAGGUGUCUCGACUGCGGGAGAGUAGAGGUGUCCGGCGAGGAAACCCCCAAAGUGUUAGAUAAAAGUCUCAAACAGGAAAGUGUGACGCAAGAAGAGAUGAGUGGUCCCCAAGAGAGCGAUGGAGAGACACAGGGUCGUGAAGCAGACGAGGCAAGACCCGAGUCUCACAGAGCCCUGAAGGCAACACAGUCUUCAGGUGUACAGGGUGAAAAGCUGAAUAGAUUGUUCAAGGAGGAAGCCCUUCAGAUCACGCCAGAAGCGAAUGUGUCUGAGGAGAGAUGGGGAGGACAUUUGGAUGAAGGACCAGGUCUGCCAGGGCCCAGUAAGCGCUUCAGUGUCCAGAAAACCCCAAAGUGCCACAUUAGCUGGGAAACUGGCUACGACCACCAGAGUCCAGAAUCAGGCCAACACAGAUGCCCAGGCAACCCAUCUGAACCGGUUUUACUGAACAGGUAUGGCAUGGAAGAUUAUGGUGGCUUUGACAAGACCGGCUAUGGAGACUCCAAUAUGAUUGACAUGGGUAACCUGGACGGGUUACAAGGGUCGCCAUCGCAGUUGGGUGAGGAUUCGAGUUACAUGGGGCACUACGAGGGGGUUGUGGAAGCACCAAAAGGAGCCGAGCAUCACGUUUACCAAACGGGUGCCGUGCGAAACAGAAGGGGCGCGGUCGGUUUAACUGCAGGGUCUCCCUCAAGGACAAACAUUGAUGUAGGUGGAGAGCUCAGCUGUUUAUUGAUUAAUGAGGAGGGGUAUCUACAAGACCAGAGCAUUUUGUUCCCAGAACAUGUUACUGGUGAUCAAGUAGGCAGGUUGAAUUUCAGGGGUCAGGGACUUCGCGCUGAACCUUCUUCAGAGGAUAUAUAUGCGCCGUCAUACAGUGAUACCUUAAACCUGGGAGAGAAGCUGCAGCAUCAGGCGGGAGGGAGAGGGGGGAGGAGGCAUGCUUGUAACCUUUGCUCCAUGACCUUCCAUGAUUCGGCCUUACUAAAGACCCACAAACAAACGCACAAAGACCCCUCACAAGCGCCGCCAUAUUCCUGCACACAGUGCGGAAAGACCUUCUCGCAAGCUUGCAUCCUCAAAGUCCACCAGAGGAUUCACUCGGGGCAGGGGCUCCACCUCUGUAGCCACUGCGGGAAAGGUUUCCCGUCUUUCGCGGACCUAAAGAUGCACAAGUGCAGCCAAACGGGGGACAAACCUUACAGCUGCACCGUGUGUGGCAACAAGUUCAGCCGCCUCUGGAAUCUGAAACUGCACCGAAGGAUUCACACACAGGAGAAACCACAUCGGUGCACCAUGUGCGAUAAGAGCUUCACGCGGGCGGACAUAUUGAAGGUCCAUCAGCGCACACACACGGGGGAACGGCCAUACUGCUGCACUGUGUGCGGCCUCAGCUUCAAACGCUUGGACCAUCUGAAGUCACAUCAACGGAAACAUUUGCCGUCACAGUAACCCAUCCUAUACAAUUAACCAUUGUUGUUCUCUACCGUCCACCAGGCGCCUUGGGGGACUUCUUGGAGGAAUUAGAUCAUCUCCUCUCACACAUCCCUGAAACUGGCCCUCCCGCUGUACUUCUCGGAGACUUCAACCUCCAGACAGGGAAGAUAGACGAACUAACAUCUCUGUUAACCGCCU